GGUGUCCCUGGUCUCCGGCUGGUCAUCGAGAGCGCAGCGCCAAGGCGGCUCUGCAGAGGGCCGCCCCUCGCCCCCUGGGAUAGGGGAGAAGAGUCAGCGGGUUCCCUGUGAUAGCCUGGAGCAUAAAAGAUGACAACAGCAGCUCGGCCAACUUUUGAACCUGCAAGAGGUGGAAGAGGAAAAGGUGAGGGUGAUUUGAGCCAGCUCUCAAAGCAGUAUUCAAGCAGAGACCUACCCUCUCAUACAAAGAUAAAAUAUAGACAGACCACUCAGGAUGCCCCUGAAGAGGUUCGAAACCGUGACUUCAGGAGAGAGUUGGAAGAGAGAGAGCGAGCUGCUGCAAGAGAAAAAAACAGAGAUCGGCCAACCCGAGAACAUACAACCUCCUCUUCAGUGUCAAAGAAGCCCCGAUUGGACCAGAUUCCUGCUGCCAACCUUGAUGCAGAUGACCCCCUAACAGAUGAGGAGGAUGAAGAUGAAGAUUUUGAAGAGGAGAGUGAUGAUGACGACACUGCAGCUCUUCUUGCAGAGCUGGAAAAAAUUAAAAAAGAAAGAGCUGAAGAGCAGGCCAGGAAGGAACAAGAACAAAAGGCUGAAGAAGAAAGGAUUCGUAUGGAAAACAUUCUGAGUGGAAACCCUCUUCUUAAUCUCACUGGCCCAUCCCAGCCUCAGGCCAACUUCAAAGUUAAAAGAAGGUGGGAUGAUGAUGUUGUCUUCAAGAACUGUGCAAAAGGUGUAGAUGAUCAGAAGAAAGACAAAAGAUUUCUAAAUGAUACGCUUCGAUCUGAAUUUCACAAAAAGUUCAUGGAGAAAUACAUUAAAUAGUACAGUUUUAUGUGCUGAAUUGAAGGCUAUAACAUGUAAAUGAUCUGACUUCAUUUUGAUUUAUUUUUCCCUCCCCACCCAUGUCUAAAUUGUGUAUAGGCUUCCCUAAUUUUUAGUUCCAAAGUAUCUUUUCCUUUAUUGAUUAAUUACUUGGUAAGGACUUGGGAAUUGGUUUAACCCAGUUUCCAUCUCAAUAUUUCCAGUCAUGUGUUUUCUCUUAAAUAUGGGAAAAGAAACCUGCUUAUAACAAAUAUUUUUAAUAAUCUAAAUAGCCAAAUCUGUGUCCCCAACUUGUUUGUUGAAAUGUAUGCAGCUAAUAAAACAUUGCAUAUUU